AUGCCCGUAAAAUACGCAUUGCGAGAUGCAUUCGGUGUUCGCGACUUAUGGGAGGACACUUUAAUGACCCUACGUGGGGAUCAUUACGAGUACCGACUCUUUGAUUCGGGCGACAACAUCGUUCCGCACGAGGAGUCGGGAUCGCGGGUGAAGCGCGUGAUGGAUGGUAUGAGAUAUGAGCGGGGUGGAAAAGCAAAGUAUUGGAUCCCCAAGCCUGGAGAGGUCAAUAGUCGUACACCUUUGCUAGGCGGGGACUCGAGGGACCGAGGCCACGGGGGUGAACGCGCAAGUCAACCCUCGCGAGAGCGAUUCCGGUCCUACAGCGAGAUUGAGGAAAUUACCAUGGAUGAGGAGGACGAACGACUCUUCCUCAAUGCCCGGGCACUGGAGUUUGGGGACUGGAAUUACCCUGUAAUUACCGCCAACGAGGUGCCGAGAGACCAGCGACUACCGCCCGCGAGGCGACAUCACGAUUCAAACCGAGGGUCGGAUGUCAAAAAGGCCCGCAGGCACAAAAAAAGUCGGGCGGCAGAAGGCACAAACAGGAGAACGUCUACGCCAAGCUCCAAUCCACCCGACAGACCCGCCCCCAGCUCACCAACGCCCGGUUCCUUGCAGCGAAACCCUAGCUCCACGAGCUCCGGCGGCACACGACGCAGCCAGCUCGUCGACCUCGUGGUGGAGAACACGGAGGCUGAAGAAGAAGACCGGGCUCAAAUCCAAAGAACGUAUGGCACGGCCCAUGUAGAGCCUGAGCCCCGGCGAUUUUCGUAUGUCGCGCAACCAUUGGCGAGAAGAUCACGAGUUGCUAAUCUCAUUUCCAGGAGACCAUCGGGGGAGCCAAUCGAGGAGGAGGCCGACUCUGCGACACCAUCUAGUCCCGAAACUAAUCAACGGUCUAGAUGGAACUAUGACUUGGGAGACAAUGUUUGGAACAAUUAG